CGAAGACUUGUAAGCGACUUGAAGUCCAGUCUCCGGUCCAGUCAAGCUGUCUGCGCACAUACAUUCAUCGUCCGCUCCUCCGUCCCUCUCAGUUUCUGAACCGAACUCUUCUCCCCGCAAUAGGCAAAAAAAGGAUUUUAGCUAUUAAGAGAGACACUGGGGAUUUAUGGUUCUCUUCCUCGCUUUUAUUUUGAUGCUGAAGAUCUAUAUUGAGGUUCCAUCAUUGUACUAAUGAUGACUCUCCUGGUCCACCAAAUCUGGAGUAAUCAACUUAGAGUUUAAAUGGUUGGAAGCUUCUAGGUGUUUGUGUAGAAAUGAAGAAGUGGUAUGGCGGUGUUUUAGCUACAUCCUUGUUAAUGUUUAUGCUUAUUGGGUAUUAUGUAAUCAGAAACCCCUUCAAGGAAAAUUACUUCAACAAUGCCCCAUACGUCAAUAUGACAAACCCUCUAGAGUGGAUCCAUGCUAUGGCUCCACCUGCUGCUAACAGUGUGAAAAAUGCUUCUCUGGUGAUAUCUGCCAAAGCUUUAGUCUCCGAUCUGUUUCAUCAGAGGAACUUUUCAACUAUGGAACAACAAUCAUUGCUUACAUGGAACCAAUGGAAACACUUAAUCAGUCAAGAUCAAGUCUUACCUAAUGCUCUAGAUGCUGUUAAGGAAGCUGUUGCUGCAUGGAACAACCUUAUGAGCUCAGUGGAAAUGGAAAAAAUUCAUGCAAAUGACAGUUCGUUUAAGAGCAGGAAAGAAAAACAGUGUCCUCAUUUUCUUCGCAAAACAAAUGUCACAGAACUGGGCGGCAAAGAAUUUAAGUUACGGCUUCCUUGUGGGCUUACUCAGGGUUCUUCAAUCACAUUUAUCGGCAUUCCAAAUGGCCUUCUUGGUAACUUUCGGAUCGAUUUAACAGGUGAACCUCUUCCUGGAGAACCAGACCCUCCUGUAAUUUUGCAUUACAAUGUUAGGAUGCACGGUGAUAAAGUAACAGAGGACCCUGUAAUUGUUCAAAACACCUGGACCAUUGCACAUGAUUGGGGCGAGGAGGAGCGUUGUCCAUCUCCUGCUCCUGAAAAGAAUAAGAAAGUCGAUGGCUUGGAUCAAUGCAAUGAGGUGGUGGGUAAAACCAUGACAGCCAGACAUAUCAAUGUAUCAACAAAAUCGUCAAUGGUUCAGGAUGGAUCUAAACAUAGAAAGUAUUUUCCUUUCAAGCAAGGGCAGCUCUCUGUUGCGACGCUGAGGGUGGGAUCUGAAGGAAUACAAAUGACAGUUGAUGGUAGACAUAUAACGUCAUUUGCAUUUCGCGAAACUUUGGAGCCAUGGCUUGUAAGUGAAGAGAGGAUUUCAGGAGAUAUUGAUUUAAUAUCUGUUGUUGCAAGUGGGUUACCUACGUCUGAAGAUAUAGAGCAUAUGAUUGACUUAGAAGCUCUGAAGGCGCCUCCACUUUCUCCUCGUAAACAUCUAGAUCUCUUUAUUGGUGUGUUUUCUACUGCAAACAAUUUUAAGCGGAGAAUGGCAGUUCGACGAACAUGGAUGCAGUAUGAUGCAGUGCGGAGUGGACAAGUAGCAGUUCGUUUCUUUGUUGGAAUGCAUAAGAACCAGAUGGUGAAUGAGGAACUCUGGAAUGAGGCUAGGACGUAUGGAGACAUUCAGUUGGUGCCAUUUGUUGACUACUACAGCCUAAUUACAUGGAAGACUGUAGCCAUAUGCAUGUUUGGGACGGAGAUCGUUCAAGCAAAUUUUGUAAUGAAGACAGAUGAUGAUGCUUUUGUUCGUGUGGAUGAAGUGUUGACUUCUUUACAAAGGAUUGGUGUGACUCGUGGCUUGCUUUAUGGCCUUAUCAACUCAGACUCGCAUCCUCAUCGAGAUCCAGAUAGCAAGUGGUACAUUAGUGUCGAGGAAUGGCCUGAUGAUGCUUACCCUCCUUGGGCUCACGGACCUGGCUAUGUUGUGUCAAGUGAUAUAGCGAAAUCCGUCAGCAAGAUGCACAGAAAAGGGCGUCUAAAGAUGUUUAAGCUGGAAGAUGUCGCCAUGGGGAUCUGGAUAGCGGAACUGAAAAGAAAAGGUCUAGAUGUUAGGUAUGAAAAAGAUGAGAGAAUUUUUAAUGAAGGAUGCAAAGACGGUUAUGUAGUUGCACACUAUCAAGAUCCUAGAGAGAUGCUGUGCUUAUGGCAGAAGCUACAAGAGAAAAAACGCGCUUUAUGUUGUGGCGACUAACCCUUUCCCCACAUCAACGGUUUUGAACAGAGAUCUCUAUUAACAGGUCGGUGAACGCUUCUUGAAUUACAGCAAUAGUUUUUAUUAGGCUGAGGUUACUGUAUGGGAUGAUGAGAUAUGUAUUUAGAAUGUAUAGGGGAUUUUGGGUAGAGAAGAAUAGAAUGCCACAGUGUCUGACUUGUAUAUAUCAGACUAGAUACAUAGCACCUCUCAUUGUCUCCAUUGUCUUGUAUGACUAUAUAAGUAGCAGCAUAUAAUAUACCCUUUUGGGACUGGACUGUUUGAUGACUUU